GUUACAACUAUCAAGCGACAUGUGGCCCAUUGUUGACAUUCCAUAAUGAGGCCCAUGGGGUUGAACGUCCAGAAAAACACGUUUACACACAUUCUUUACAGCUUGCUUAAACACGUCGCGCAAGGCCACUGCCGUAGCCUACGGUAUUUGGCGUCUGCAUGUUUCCGUUCCGCCAGGAGUGAAUAUCGUCUAUUUCUGCCUGGGUUGAAAUUUCAACUCGCAGUUGUGUCUGGACGACUUCAACAACAGUGUCACCGGCUGCUGAAUUUGGGAUGUUGUCGGCCAGGGAGAGAAGCGACCACACAGGUUUCGUAGAUGGAGGCUUUCUGUACGUGUGGGGCGGACAUCACUCAGUUGCUGGUGAACAAGUUUUCUUACCAAGUGAUGAGAUAUGGGUUUAUGAUAUGAGCAGUGGUGUGUGGUCAAUUUGUGCCAUGGGAGGGGAGGUCCCACCAACUCUGUCUCAGACCUGUGGUUGUUGUCUGAAUGGAGUGAUGUACAUCUUUGGUGGCAGUACUGAGGAUAGCCACACUAACCAGCUGUAUUGUGUGAACCUGCGGGAUGGAAUGUUCGCCUGGAGGAGAGUGACAGAGAGUAAGGGCUCCCCACCCUCGCCAAGAGACAAGCAUUCCUGCUGGGUGUACGCUGACAGACUAAUCUACUUUGGUGGGUACGGAUGCAAGCAAACACGAGAAGUCACCAGGUCCAGAAACUUCAUCACUGAUGAAAUGUCAUGGGUGACAACUGGAACCACACUAUUCAGGUUCUGGGGUUGGAACAAUGAAGUCCAUGUUUUUAACCUCAGAACAAACACUUGGACUGAACCUCAAACGCACGGUGUUCCCCCAAAGCCCAGGGCUGCGCACAGCACUGCCACCUUGGGUAGGAUGGGCUACGUGUGUGGGGGCCUGGAGAGCAGGCUGAUGGACAUUCACUGUCUGGAUCUUGAGAUGUGGACAUGGACGGAAAUUGUACCCGUAUCAGCAGUGCCUGUGGGGCGCACGUGGCACACCCUGACGGCAUCAUCGGACAGCACCCUUUUCCUGUUUGGCGGGGUGAACAUGGCGGGAGAACCUCUCAGCGAUGGCUGGCGUUUCGACGUGCAGAAGAAGGAGUGGAGAGAGCUACAGCAUCCACACACAGACAAGCCCAGGUUGUGGCACUCAGCUUGCUUGGGGCAGGACUCCGAUGUUAUCGUGUUUGGGGGAAGUCGCGACUACACUUUGGUAAUGGACACUAUCUCUGUUCUACUAUCACCAUCUCAGAGUCACUGCAGUGAUGUGCUGGUGUUCCAGAUCCAGCCUCUCCCCCUCGUCAGGUUGUGUGAGGAUUGUGUUGGACGAAAUGCAAGAGCACUAGAAGAGUAUCUGUCCUGCUUACCAAAGAAAAUUCAGGAAAAUUUAAGGAAGAGGAUCUCCUUUUUUAAAAACGAUGAAUCUCAGGGAACAUGCCAUUCUAGGUAGCUUUUAAUAAUGAAUACCAGAGGAAUGUGUUCAUCCAUGAUCAUUGUUUCAUGGUUAUUGAUGUGAUUCGCGAUUCAUUGUCUUAUUUAAAGCUUUAAAAUGUUAUAUAAUGUGAUUAUCCUUAAUUUUGUAUUUUCAUGUGUUUUCAUGUAUAAUAAACGCACUGUGCCAAU